CGAAUACAUAAACAUCAAAAAACACAACUAAAAAAACUAUGAGACUUGGGGAAGAGAACGCCAUGAUGGCUGCCGUAAAAAAAUUAAUUAUUAUAUGAAUAGAAAGUGUACGAAAGUAUUUGUUCCUAAUAGCAGUAAAAAAAGAUUAACAACAUAAUGAAAGCACCAAUUUUUGGAUAUUUAAAUACUAUCAUCGAUAAUCGCUCACAGUAGUUUAUUUGUUUCAGUGAAGCUUGAAGCUUUUGGGGAAGAAUUUUUUUGCAAUGUUAUUGUCCACCACAAAAUAUUGAUUGAUUUAAGGAAGGUAUAUGUAUUCCGAAAAUAGGCAAUCAUGAAUGAAACAAAUGAAGAUGACAAGGUAAAUGCUAAGCCAAAUGAGUCUGAAGUAGUAUGUUCAAAAAAUGGGGAUGAUGAUGAUAUACCAACAUUUGUUGAAAACUCAAAAAGUAAAAUGCAUGAAGAAUUCGACGAAUCAAAAACCGAAAAACAACAUUUUCACAAUGAAACAAAAUCAAUUGAAUUGGAAGUACUACAAAUUGAGCGCCCGAUAACAGAAAUAUUAUUAAGUUCACAAGAUGAGCCGCAGUCACCAGAUGAUGGCGAUUUUGAUGAAAAACGUACCAAAUUACCUGAAGAAGAAUCAACUAUUGAAAAAGAAGCUACUACUGGAAGUUCAAGUAUUGAAAUCAAAUUUAAUGAUGAAGAUAAGGUAAAAAAACAAUCGUUAAUCGAUGAUACAGAGGAUUUGCUUGUGCCAACUGAUUUCGUGCCAGACAUUUCCGAUGUUAUUACUAGUAGUAGUGAUGAAACAAAGAGAAAAUAUUCAUAUUGUGAUGAUGGCAGUGACAAAUGUAAAAAAUUUAAACUCGAUACUGUGACUAAUGAGGAAGACAUAUCGAUGCAAAACGAUAAUAUGCAAAACAAUUUCAAUAAAAUGUGUAUUGAAAACGUUCUUCCGUCAGACACAUCUCCUGAAAAAACUACCGAAACUAUUAAACUGCCUGAGGAAUGUAGAGUAAUGAAGGAAGAAUUAAGUAUUACCGAUAUUCUUGUUCCUAGCGGAAUCGCUUCCGAAAAAACAAUAGCACUUGCCGACAUUAUUGAAAGUGUAGAUGAUUUGAUUAAAAAAGACAACGAAAAAUGUGAAUCAGAUAACAGUGAUUCAACAAUGGUAGUGGCGGCGAUCAAACAAGUUCAACAAAAUGCGGAUGAAAUAGAAAAGAGUUCAGAAAAUUUUAAUAAUCCUGCUAAUGAACUAGAUUUUAUGGAGAUUUCGGAAAAAUUGAAGGUCAUGGAUGAAAUUAGUUUGGCACCUGUAUCGAAAAUAGAUCGAAAACCUUUACCUGAAUUCGAUUUAAGUGCUGAAAUAUCUCUCGAACAAAUAUCCAAAAAAAGUAUAUCAGAAAGUGAUGAUAAACGAAAUAAAGUAUCUAAUUUACGUAAAAAUAUCCGUGAGGUUAUGGAUGAUAACCAAUUAGAUGCAUCUACACUUGCUGCUCAACGUGAAGAACUGGAGCGUUUAGCUCGAGUGCAAGAACAACAACGUAUAAUUCGUGAAAUGCAAAGACAAGUUGCGCUUGAUAGACAAAAUAGUAAAACUCAGAACAAAGUUUUAUCUUUACUUACGGGGCACAAUACCUCCCACUUAUUGAAAUCAAAUUCUGCUACCUCGGGUACGAAAGUACAGGCAAUGACAAGUCCAAUGAUCUCCAGCGCUGAUGUCGCAGAAAUACAUUCAGUUAGUAUCGCGCCAAUAAAAUCAAGUCAGAAGAAAUUCGAUAACAACGAAAUUUCCGAUAUAUCGGGGAGUAUUGAAAUACAAAAUGAAGUGGACUUGGAUUCUGACGAAAAAUUGGAUAAACCAUCUGAUGGUCUUCUUAUUGUAGAAGAAUCUACGGAUGAAGACAAUGAUGAAGAGGACGAUGAUGAUGUCAUUGAACUGAAGCCAAAAAAAGAUAUUGUAACAAUUGAUGAUAGUUCCGAUGACGACUGUAUUAUGUUAUCCGAUGACGAAGAAGAAGAUGAAGGAGAUGAUGAUCCACAAAAUAGUGGUCUACAUGUGAACGAUGCGUAUAAUGUUCCAGAUGAACAAGGACGAGUUGUAAUAAAUAUUGGUCAUCCAGAGGGCGAAAAUGAUAUUUUCUUAGCACCACAAAUAGCUCGUAUAAUCAAGCCGCAUCAAAUUGGUGGCGUACGCUUCUUGUUUGAUAACAUAAUUGAAUCAGUAGAAAGAUUUAGUACAUCAACUGGGUUCGGUUGCAUUCUAGCUCAUUCUAUGGGACUUGGGAAAACUCUGCAACUUGUGUGUUUUAUUGAUAUUUUUUUGAGACAUACUAAUUCAAAUACUAUUCUAUGUAUUAUGCCGAUUAACACACUACAAAAUUGGUUGGCCGAAUUUAAUAUGUGGAUACCUGAAGACGCUGAAAAUUCACCAUUAAAAGCACAAGGUGAAGUUCGUCCACGUAACUUCAAACUAUUUGUAUUGAAUGAUACGCAUAAAACUUUGAAUGCAAGAUCAAAAAUUGUAUUGGAAUGGGCACGAUCUGGUGGCGUCCUAUUGAUUGGAUAUGAAUUAUAUCGACUUUUAAGUUUGAAGAAGGUAACCAAACGAAGAGGUCGUAAAACAAAAAUUGAUCCUGAAGUUGAGGAACGUGAAGCUGAGGAACAUAAAAAAUUAUUAGAUGAAAUGCAUGCUGCUUUAGUCAAACCAGGCCCGGAUUUAGUUGUCUGUGACGAAGGACAUCGUAUAAAGAAUUCGCAUGCAAGUAUAUCGGUCGCAUUGAAACAAAUUCGUUCAAAGCGACGCAUUGUACUAACUGGCUAUCCACUUCAGAACAAUUUAUUAGAAUACUGGUGUAUGGUAGACUUUGUUCGUCCCAAUUAUUUGGGUACGAAAACGGAAUUUUCAAAUAUGUUCGAAAGACCUAUUCAAAAUGGCCAAUGUAUUGAUUCGACACCACAAGACAUCAAGCUAAUGCGGUAUCGAGCACAUGUGCUCCAUUCUCUAUUGCUGGGCUUUGUUCAGCGUCGAUCACAUGUAGUUCUACAAAAUUCAUUGCCCCAAAAAGAGGAAUUCGUAAUCCUCGUAAGGAUGACACCAUUCCAACGAAAAUUAUAUGAUGUUUUUAUGAAUGAAGUGGUUCGAACCAAAGCAGUUCCUAAUCCUCUCAAAGCAUUCGCAGUGUGUUGCAAAAUUUGGAAUCAUCCAGAUGUAUUAUAUAAUUUUUUGAAAAAACGCGAGGCGGAUUUAGAUUUAGAAGAAGCCGAGGCAUCAGCAAAUGAUGCUUCAUUUGAUGUUACUACAAGUGAAACUACCAAUAAAAACACAAAGAAAAAAACGACAAACAAAAAAAAUAAAAGAGGCGAAAAACCAACGAAUUCAUCCAUGGAUUCGGAAAUUAAAACAGAUUUGAAACCGGCAGCAUCUGUACCACCGAAUACAGUUGGUGGUAUUGGCAAGUCUGCAAGUGAAAAGGAAGUAAACGAAUAUCUAAAGACUGAAAUAUCAGAAAGAAUUAAAAGUGAAACAUCGAACGCCGAUACAAAUCUUAAGACAAAUAAAAUCUCUUAUGAUCAAUUACAACAACAACUUCCACUAACACCAUCACCACCACCACCACCAGAGACACAUAAUUUUACAAAUUCAAAUCCAGGAAAUUCACCACAAUAUAACCGAACAUCAUAUAACCCAUCGCAAACAUCAAAUUCUGCUUAUAAUCAUGCAAACUAUCCAUAUCCUCCUGCAGUACAGUCUGGUUUUAGUACACCAUACAGUAACUACAAUAGAUAUGACCAUUACAAUAGUUACCACCAACCCAAUUCUUCGAUACCUAAUCGUUACUAUUGGAAUCAAUCACACCAGCAACAAACACGUCCAUAUGAUUUUAAUACAAUCAACGAUUCAAAAGGUCACCAAAGCGAAUUUGGACAGACUUCUUGUUACUCGCACAACAAUCAACAAUAUGGUUAUUCACAACAUAUGGAAUAUCAAACAGGAGGUUCAUUUUCACCUUAUGGAACUAUGGACUAUCACCACUCAAUGUACAACAUUCCUCAAACAAGUGGAAACCAAACACUACAAAGUAAUUAUUCCUAUAAUCAAUCAACGAACUCAAAUCAAUGGAAUAUAUCUACUUCAGAAGUUUCGCCACAGUCGGCAUCGAUUGGCCCACAUGUGGCUACAAUACAACAACAACAAUCGGGGAAUAACAACUCAAACCAAAUAAAUAUUUAUGGAAAAAAUACAAAUCAAUCUGAUGACACAACAAGCACCAUAAAAAAUUCCAAUAGUAAUCAAACAUCAAAAAUACAAACAAAUGCUCAUAACGGCAACUUAUUGCAAUCAAAUUAUAGUAAUCUGGAACAAAACAGCAAUCAUUUAACGAAUAAUUUGGUAAAAACAAAUAGUAGUGAAACUGUAGUGAAUCAAAGUAGUGAAACAAAAGAUGAAAAAAUUAAAACUCAAAUCAGUGAUAAAGGAAAUGAAGAUGAAACAGAAGACAAGAAAUUUGUUGAUAUCAAGGAGGAGAAUGCAGAAAAGCUUGACGCAAAAGUUAAAGACGAUGGGAUACCCUACGACUGGGCUAUAGAAUUAAUGAAAAACUAUACGCCCGAUUUGAUCGAAAAUUCAACCAAAAUGGAAAUAUUCUUUUGUAUUCUGGAGGAGACGAUCAGUUUAGGUGAUCGUAUGUUGAUAUUUAGCCAGAGUUUAUUGACUUUGAAUUUGAUUGAACGAUUUCUACAAGCAAAUCCAGCUAAAGUCACAGAAAAUGAAAUCAAAUGGUCCAAAAAUAUCAACUAUUAUCGUUUGGAUGGAUCUACUGGGGCUCAGGAGCGUGAAAAACUCAUUAAUGAGUUUAAUUCAAAUCAAAAUGUACAUUUGUUCCUAGUAUCAACACGAGCAGGUUCACUUGGAAUUAAUUUGGUUGGCGCCAAUCGUGUGGUUGUAUUUGAUGCCAGCUGGAACCCAUGUCAUGACACACAAGCUGUCUGUAGAAUAUUUCGUUACGGACAGAGGAAACCUUGUUUUGUGUAUCGCUUAGUGAUGGAUAACUGCUUAGAGAAGAAGAUAUAUGAUCGACAAGUCAAUAAACAAGGAAUGUCCGACCGCGUAAUUGACGAAUGUAACCCAGAUGCCCGAUUAUCGAUGAAGGAAGUAACUAAUUUAUGUUAUGAUGAUGAAAAAGAAACCGAUGUAUGUGAUUUCAGUGGAAGUAAAGAAAAAUAUUGUGAUAUUGUGAUGAAAAAGGUGAUUGAGUUGUUUUCAACACGAAUGACAAAAGAACCAUUUCAACAUGAAAGCUUGCUUAUCGACCGCAAAGAAAAGAAAUUGUCAAUGGCUGAAAAACGGUUGGCUCAAAGAGGAUACGAAUUAGAAAAACAAGCUGCUAGCAAACCCAGUUAUACAAUUUACAAUGCAAAUCGACAACAAAUUGGAACGUACAGAGCUACUAGACCAGAUGGUGUUGUUGUAACACGGCCAGUUGCUUCUGUACGACCAAUUCAAGCUGAUACAAAUCGGAAUCCAACAGCUCGGCCUACCCGUUGGAUACCAGCUGAGGUUUGGCAACGCCAAGGAAUGACUGCUCAAGUGUUGACUUUACCAGGGGAUGUUGUCAUUCCAACAAGUUCAGCAGACAAACAAAAUAUUAUUCUAAAAGAGGGUCAAAAGGUGAUGGUACUUAAAUCACCAAAAGGAAUUUACAUGCAACUUGAAUCUGGAAAAAUUAUUGCAAUUCGUACAGCAUUGAAAGUUGGACAUAAUAAAGACAAAACAGUUCCGGAGACGACCUUCAUGGCACGAGAAAUGCAAAAACGAAAUCCAGUAGCUACUUCCACUAAAGUUUCAAACACCUCAACAAUAGUUUGCCCAACAACUUCAAAUACCACAGUCUCUACAACAAUGUUGAUAAGCUCAAAAGCCACUUCAAUUACGCCAUCACGUCAUCGUAGUACAAAUCAUGUACAAUUCGGCCGCAAUAACUCUGUAUCUACGAAUAAAAAUGUGCAAAUGGGUACAGCGAAGCCAUAUAACUUAAAAUCACGAAACGUUGUAACGACAUCAGAUGCAACUGCAAUAUUGCAAACACAGUACAAUACGAGCAAUUCCCGAGGCAAUUCCAAUAGUUCAUUCGAUGCUGAUAUAUCUGAUGAUAGUCAAUUUCUUGAAAAACUUGGUGAAAAUCUAGCUGCUAAGCACCAGAAUAGCGUUGAAGAUGCUGAGCAAAUGAAUAAAAGUAAAGAAUUGAAAUGCUCUGAGAAUAUGAUCGAAAGCGCAUCAAACGAACAUAACACUGAAAUCAAAUCUCAAAAGAGUUAUUUAGAAAAAGUUGAUAACGGUGUUGCUGAAACAUCAAUAAACACAAUUAAUGAUGAGGCAAGUGGCGCCUGUCACUCUGAAAGCAAAUAUGACGUGCAGAUUGGACACAGUUAUCAUGACAGCCGUACAGAGAAUUAUAGCAAUAUAAAUAGGACGAGUAGUGCAAGCUAUUUACCUCAACAAAAUUAUAACUAUGAAAAUUAUAACAGCAAUGGAAACUACAAUGAUACAACAGGACAUAUGGCACAACAUAUAAUGCAACCGAAUAUGAAUGAUUCAGAACAUCCUGAAAGAUAUUCACAAAAUAAUCAGCAAUCAUAUCGUAGAGUUCAACAACAUCAUCAACAACAACAACAACAGCAGCAGCAGGAACAACCACAACAGCAGCAGCAGCAACAACAACAGCAACAUCAACUGCAUGCUCAAAUUCCAAGUCAGUCAUAUUCAAUGCAAAAUACACAGCAACAGCAAAACCAAGCAUUCGAGAACAAGUAUUAUGGACAAAAUCAACCAUUAUAUUCAACAGAAAAAAUAAGUAACGGUACGCAAAAAAAUGUUUCAUCACUUAAACCCAAUCAGUCAAAUCAAAACUAUGGUAAUAUUUGCGAACCAUACAAUGGAAAAAUUCCCUUACAUGUACAAGGAAAUAUUCAACAAACGCAUUAUCAACAACAAUAUUAUUUACAAAAUAAAUAUCCCAGUAAAACAUCAUCAUCAUCAUCAAUGCAGCAACAAACCACAAGUAAUACCAUACCGUCUGGCCCUAUGUCGAAUAGUUUCGGGCAUUCAUCGAAUUCGGCUAACUAUAAUAACUAUUCACAUACUGUUGUAACAUCAUAUCAACAGAAUUAUGAAUAUAAUUCUCCAUCCUCAUCGUCAAUUUCAACAAUGAAUUACGCUACACCAUCACCAGUACAAUAUUCUUUCGCAUCUUCAAGUCCUUCGGCUAAUACCACGCAAGUACCAUCGCCUGAUAUCCGUCAGCAAAAUGUAGUUCACUCAUCCUCAUUGCCUUCAAUUGAAACUCAACACGAAUCAAACCGUGAAUUUCCUUUGUCAAAUCAAUACAAAUUAGCAACAGAUAAUAAAGCUUUCAAUCCAACACAAAAAUCUAACUAUAAUAGCACCGACGUAAUGAGCGGACAUUAUACUACAAGUGAUAAUUGUGCAUAUUCAGUUGAAAUGAAAAGUUCUCUAAAAAAGUAUCGACAUAAACAACAGACAAAUAAUAAAACACAACCAAUCUAUGGUGGUGGUUCAAAUGAAUUUAAAAUGGAAGAUCACUAUGGAGCCACCUAUUCUACUAUGGAACCACUGGCAAGUGAAUCAACAUUAAGUAUCUUGGAAAAAACUGCUUCGUCUAUCGAUGAAAGCAAAAGCGCAUUCAAAGCAUCAUUGAGCAAUAUAACUAAACCGAAUACAGAUAUGCUCACUUACGGAACGCAAUCACUGUAUGGAAAUAGCAACGCUUCACAGGCACCUGUAAAAGCAAAAACUCGUGCAAGAGGUCGAAAGACAGGAAAUAAAGCCGAAAAUUUGUUGAAAUCCGAACCGAUUACUUCAUCUCCCGUUUCAUCACUUCCAAUGAAAAAAAAUGAAAGAAUUUCAGCAUCAUCAACUAAGGUUGAUGACGUGAUUGAGUCUCACUCCAAAUCAAUUCCAGUUGGAUGGAGUGUCGAUGAAGCACAUAUAGCAAAAAAAUUGAAUCCAGCUGAUAAUUACUCUAGUUCAAUCGGCGUGGGCUUACAUUCAAUUUCUUCGAAUGAAAAAAAUUUAACAAUUCCACAUACUGACGUAAACACAACAUAUAAUCAUACAGAUCAAACUUAUCAAUAUUCUGGACAAACACCAGCUCUUGGCCCAACAUCACCGUUUUUAUUGUCACAUUCGCAGAACAAACCUGAAUCAUCAAUGUAUUCAUCACAUGGUACAGUACAUAAUCCGUAUCGUUCUGAAUUACCUAUCUCGAAUUCGUCAACAAUUACUACUAACAGCGGAAUUCAAGAUCAAUCAAAUAACGUUUCAAUUUCAUCAAGUCAUCCAUAUUCAAUACACACAGCGGUUAACAAUAUACAACACACGUUACAACAAUCACCAAUAGUGAAUCCGAUUUCACAGCAGACAUCAACUAUAUUGCCAACAACAUCUUCAACACCUUACAUAAAUACAACAUUGCAACCAUCAAGCUUGUUACCAUCACAACAAGAACAAAAUCCGAAAAUAUCAUUACCGCAUACUCCUCAAAUCGAAACAUUAGGUCUUUAUUCACAUUCACAACAUUAUUCUUCGCCCUAUGGAUAUCCAUCAACUUUCCACACAGGUUUGUCAUCUACACUUCCAGCUUAUUCAAGUCAACAAAAUACGCUGUAUUGUGAAACCAGUAGCAGUAGCUUUAAAUUGCCUACAACAACUGUAUCAUCACAAUCAUCACAUUAUUCGAAUUCAGCGUUCCAUAAACCAGAUGAAACUGCUGGUAUAAGCUCACAAGAGCCACAAGCUCAGAACACCCCGUAUUCAGCUCCUAUAUCAACGACUCAACAACAACAACAACAACAACAACAACAACAGCAGCAGCAACAACAACAGCAGCCACAACAGACGCAGCAACAGCAGCAGAAGCAACAACAACAACAACAACAGACUUCACAACCGAAAACUACAAUCCCAUCAUCAAUUCAAUGUGGCUCACAAGUAUAUACUUCACAUAUAGCGUCGAAUUCAUUACCAUUACAUACAUCUACGAUUUCAACUGAUUCACUUUCAUCAAUUCUACCUUCUUCACCACAACAAUUUGCUGCUGCUCCAUCAAAUGUAUCUGCGACGCAGCCACUAUAUUCGUUGCCACCAUAUCAGCACUAUUACGGAUCAACUCAAGCACCACCAUUUCCAAGUUCACUUUAUCAAACCUCAAAUCCGUAUACACAAUCUUUCAUUCCUCCCAAUUUACAACCCUAUGCUAGUAGUCCUCAAUAUUGGGGAUCUCCCCCGUCAGCUCAACAGCAGCAUCAGCAGCAGACACAAUAUCGUACGUAUCCGAAUACAUAUCCAACAUAUCCGCCGCCACCGGCUUGGACUCCAUAGGGAUUGUUUUUUCGUUUCAUUUAAAUCCUACUAACAUACAUCAUACAGUUAAUCAAAUGAGAUAAGAAUGAUAUAAAUCAAAAAUAUGAUAAUUAGAAAUAUAGUUUUUAUUGUUAAAGAUAGAUAAUUUUUUCUGAUGUGUUCGAUCUAUAGAAAGGCUUCGAUAAUUUUGUUUGAAAUAGAUUGUUUUAUUUCAAACUUCAUUUCGUCGCAGAUCAAUGAAGUACAUGACACAAGACACUUAAAAAUAAGUUUUUCAAGACACUUCAAAUCAUAUACAAAAAUUUAAAUCAUAUACUGUAAUGUAAAAUUGUACAUGCUCAAACUGUGAAGAGCGAAGCGGGCGAGUUAACUGUCGAAUCACAACUCUAGAAAUGUUAUUGUUGUUGUACACAAGAGACAGUGUAAAUAUUUCACUGCUCAACGCAAAGUUCUUUCUUGAAUCUUAGCAAUGGACAUUUUAAUUGUUUGGAUGUAAAAUACCAACAUUAAAAUAGCAUAUACAAUUUUUUGUAAAAUUAUUUACUUCACAAUUAAAAGAUUCUUGUAAAGAGUUUUACCUUAAUUAUUUGGACAUGGCAGAAAAUUAUUCUGGCAAUCGAAAUUUUAAAUGAAAACUGUGCAAUGGGAAAAUGUUCAUUCAUUUCCAAUAGAGUGUUUCCCAUAUCUGUAAUUAAAUAAAUAGUAUGUUUCAAUUUAAAGAGCAUAAAAUUCUG